AUGCGUAAAUCGAAAAACCAAUGGGCAGUUUCUCCUGAAACUAUAAUGUCGCAUCAUUUUCGGUUAGCGAAAGGAAUUCCACAUGUGGUGGAUGCGACACCGCCGUAUUCCAUGUAUAAUAGUCCAAUUAGUGAGUGAAAAGAACGAAAGGUCGUGCAUUGAAAUGUCUUUUUUGCAGGUGUGCACUACUUGCCGAAGCGUGCCUCAUCUGCCGAUCCAUUUCGGAGGAAAGCGAUGAGUAAAUCGCAGCGAGAAUUGAAUGAUUUCGUGAAUGGCCGCAACGAAGACUCGCUCGGACUGCGGCUUCCUCUUCCGAUCAGAUCCAGUCUGACGGACUUGGUGAAGCCGAAACUGCUCGAGAACCGAAAUUAUCAGCCGCCGAGAAGAAGAACUGUAAGUUUGAAUCGUUUCCUUUCACACUUGUCUAUCUUGUGUUACAGGCCUCAAAAGCUCCGGCUGAGAAUCGAGAAGACGCGAAGAAAAACGAGCGAACGAUGCGAAUCAAUCAGUUCAAAGACGCAGUUCUGACCGAAUUGAUUCAAAAUGGAAUGUUCUCGGACAAAAUGAUUCUGAAUUGCAUCAAGACACACAUGGAACGCCUUGCGGGCAGUGUUCCUUGGAGUGAUCUGGAGAAAGCGGCCGACGAACUCAUGGAGCACAUUGGAAUCAAUCCGGAAGAGAAAGAAAAGGGAAGAGGAAGACGGAGAAUUUCGAAAAGUCGCGGGUCGGAUAAGAAACCACCGCUGCCGUUCAAAUUGGAAAGAAUCGCAAGUCCCAAGAGCCUCGAGUCACUUUCCUCCGCUUCUUCCAGCUCUUCAAAGUAAGAAACACACACCCAACCCUCAAACUUUAUUUGAUUUCAGAACAUACUCAUCGUCGUCAGGUUCCAAUUCAUCUGGAAGCACUUAG